UCAAUGGCUGCCUUGUGCAAGUUGCUGUUUGCAAAUUUCUAAAUAGUCGCCGAUACAUCUAUUUCUGACGUUCUUUUGCGCAAUCUUCACCUGAUUUGGGCUGCCAGAUGAUUUAUCUGCACUCAUGAUCAAGUAUAUUGUUAUGGGCUUGCGUGGUUUCUUUGUAUUGGCAGCUAAGAUAUGGAGUUUCAUAUGCUACUGUUUCAAACGUCAAAUUCGCUCGGUUAUACAACACCAAACAGUCAAGUAUGAAGUUAUACCGCUGUCACCUCUAUCAAAGCAUAGGCUUAGUAUGCUACGAAGGAAGACUUUAGUAUUAGAUUUAGAUGAGACAUUAAUACAUUCACAUCAUGAUGGAGUUAUACGACAGACAGUAAAACCAGGAACACCUCCAGAUUUUGUAUUAAAGGUUAUGAUAGACAGGCAUCCGGUGAGAUUUUUUGUACACAAAAGACCACAUGUAGAUUAUUUUCUUGAAGUUGUGAGUCAGUGGUAUGAUUUAGUGGUAUUUACUGCCUCUAUGGAGAUAUAUGGGGCAGCAGUGGCUGACAAGCUAGAUAAUAACAGAGGAAUAUUAAAUAGAAGAUAUUACAGGCAGCAUUGUAAUUUAGCAGCGGGUAGCUACACUAAAGAUCUCUCUGCCAUUAACCGUGAUCUUUCCAGUAUAUUUAUACUAGACAAUUCACCUGUAGCAUACAGAGCUUAUCCAGAUAAUGCUAUACCAAUUACGUCUUGGUUUAGCGAUGCCACAGACACCUGUUUGCUUUGUUUACUACCGUUGCUUGACUCUCUACGAUUCUGUAACGAUGUUCGAUCAGUACUCAGUAGAAAUUUACACAAAGUCGUCGUUUAUUAGUAAAUAUAUUAACCUACAUGAGGACAGUCAUUGCAUCAUCAUUGCAUCAUCAAACAUCACAACACAAAAUGGAAACCAUGGUGGAAAGUUGUCAGACACAAACUGUUUCAUUUACAUAUCUCAUUUAACCCUUACCCUGCUAUAUUUCUAUAAUGGGCUGGUCCAUCUUUCAAUUUGGACAGUACCACUUAUUACUCAAAGGGGUUUUCACUGAAAAUUUACUGACUGAAUAGCGAACAGUGCAGACCAUGAUCAGACUGCACGGAUGUGCAGGCUGAUCUUGGUCUGCACUGGUCGCAAAGGCAGAAUCAUCUGCCGCCAGCAGGCUAAGGGUUAAUUUGGUCUUUUCAUGUCUUUAAUACUGUAUGAAGAUUUAGAAGUAACUAAUUAUUCUAAUGUAGUAGGAUCUGAACCAAGUUGCUCUAAUUCUUUAUCCAGCUGAAAGCUUUCCAGCAGAUAACCUUGUUAUACAUCUGUGCAUCAUAUAUCAAUUACUUGUAGCAAUAUCUCAGAUAACAAUGAAUUUUGGGGUUUUCAGCUUAUGGGGGUUGUAGAAAAUAUUUCAAAAUUUAGCCUGUGGACUGUCUAAAUAGCGGAUAAAGCUUAAGUAACAUGGUCCAGGGUUCUGCUUUUACAAGAUGAUGUCUAACACUCUUUCCUGGAUCUUUGAGUUGACUGUCAUAAAGACAUCUGUGCAACAUAAUGUAUUUUAGAAAAGAAAUGGAAGCAAAAUUUAACACUGUAGGUCAGUGAUGAAAUAACUUUUUUUGUUAUCAAGAUUACAUGAAUUCAAAGAAACUGAAAGUAUAUGUGUGGAAUAUGUAACUAAAUGAAACAGUGGCUGUGUUCCUCAAAUGGAACAGAUCUUUGUGUCUCUAGAGAAGUUUUUUUCAUGUCAUAUUUUUUGUUAUUUCACCAUUACAAAAGGCAGCUGUGCAUUGUGUGAGCUGCGCACCAUUUUAUUAUUUACAUUGAUUUAAUUUUUUGAGGGCACGAAAUAUGACAGUUUGUUACUGUGCACUUAUAUUGCUAUAAAUUUCAGAUUGGAUAAGUAGAACCAAUAGGCUAAAAUACUCCCAAAGUUUUAAAGGGUCACAUUUUUCAAUUUGUCUAAUUUUCAAAAUAUAGUUUGUAUUAGAAAGUAAAAACUUGUGUAUAUGAUCUAGGUGAUUCAAGAAGUUCUUUGCAGUAUUUGUUGGUGACCUUUAUAAGUGUAAUAGACACAGAACCCAAGAUUACAAAAACACUCCUGGAGUCUGUAGAAUUUUAAAACAGCUGGCUACUGUGUUAUGCAUUCAGGAAAUAAAUGAUAAAGGGAAUGGACAAAAGUUAACUUUAAAUACUUAUAUCUCACUUGAAAAAUACACAAAAUAAUUAAUUUUGAGAAAUUGCAUUAAUUGCAUAACAGUUAGACAGUGUCUGUCAUCCCACUGCACUGCCUUUUAUAAUAAUUGUAAAAGUUACACUUGACAAUUCAACCAGAAGUUUUCUUAUUUAAAUGACUAAAACCUACAGGCUUCUGUUUUAAUUUUUUUUUCUAUAAAUUUAAUAUGAUAGUGUAAGCAAUGACUGGUAGCAAACUGUCCUAGUUCUGCCUUUAUUGAUGCACCCCUAGUGCUAAGCAGGACAAUUAUCAUUGCUGAUUUUUGUACAGAUUUUGUUGUAAUUUUUAUAUGGAAAUGUUAUGGUAAUUUAUAGAUUAUCAAAUGUUAUACACACAAAGUAGAAUUUGUACAUAUUUGAUAAGACUAGUGUACUUUUUUCAACUGUUAAUUGGUACUUUUCCACACUAGGUAGAUUGUUUUCAUUAACUGUUUUGAAAUAUAAAAUUUUUGAAUGAAAAAAAAACACAAAAUUUUUGUAAAUUUCUACUUUUCAGUUGUUUUUUUUGGUCAAAUCUGUUUAAAAUGUUGAGAUAAAUUUUUAAUAAAAUGUAUAAUAAUAAUAAUUAUUACGAUUAAGAUAAGAUUUAUUUUUAGUUGGCAGGACUACAAGUAACAUAAGCUCUUAUGAGCUUUUACAACCAACUUUGAUUAAGAAUACUACCUCUGUAAACAUGGAAAAAUAAUAAGCUAUUAUAUAAAAAGAGAUUAAGAUUUUUUUUCACCUUUGAAAGUAAACAUGUAAAAUUUACAUAAAUACACUGCAGUCCAACCUGUGUAAAGCAGCCAUUCAAGGGAAAUGGCCAAAAUGGUUACUUAUGACAAAAGAUCUCAGUUAAGGCAGGUUUGUCUUUUUCAAAGGUAGUUUACAUUUAUUACAAGACACAACUUGAGGAAGAAACUGAAAUGAAUUGAAAAUAUGACUGAUAGAAUUUUAUUAAUUGUCAAAGCUAUUGUUUAUUUGGAGUAUGCUUGAAAUGUUUAGCAAUAGAAUGGAAACAAAAAGUAUUAUCUUAAUACAUUACCAAUUCUUAUAUGCAUUUAAAUUUGAAGAAUCAGGGUAGAUAGGGUGGAAUAGAAAAAAUAAUUCAGGAGAGAUAAAUAUGGUAACAUGUUAUUAUGUUUGUUUUUGUUAUUACAUAAUAAUAAAUCACCCACAUUUACCAUAGUUACCUAGAUAAUCUAUUGUUUCCUCCAGUUGGCACUGUCACAACAUAAAUGAGCCGCGCCAUGAGAAAACCAAUAUAGUGGCUUUUCGACCAGCAUGGAUCCAGACCAGCCUGCGCAGUCUGGUCAGGAUCCAUGCUGUUCGCUAACGGUUUCUCUAAUUGCAAUAGGCUUUGAAAGCGAACAGCAUGGAUCCUGACCAGACUGCGCAGAUAUGCAGGCACGUUUGGAUCCAUGCUGGUCGCAAAGCCACUAUGUUGGUUUUCUCAUUGUGGGCUCAAAUUACAGUGUGGUGGUUAUAUAAUAGAUACAUGUAUAACUAAUAGAAGUAAGAAACACAUUUCAGCAAAGUGUCCAAUGGAGAUUAAUCAAGAAAAUCAAGAUUCAAUUCAUUCAACAAGAUAUAUGAAAUGUGUGCACAAUUUACUGUUAGAGAUUGUCUCUCUUGUGUAUGGACUUCAAUGCCAAAUUAUAUUUUUAUGUAAAAAUUAUUUUAUCACAGAAAUUUCAACCUUUUCAACUGAUAGUUGUUUUUGUUUUAAUUCAGUCAGCUCGCUACAGAAAUAUUUUUAUUUUUGCUCUUGAUGUACUUGAGACUUUAAUAGAGGGUGUGUUAAUAAAGCUUAGUUUAUGAAAGCAAGGUAGACAUUGAUACAGACAAUGAAUUAAAGGAGAAAUCUGAUAUUUUUAGAGGCAGUUUUCUCACUAGGGGUGUGUGUAUUACAUGAUUUUUAUGAACAUCCCCCACCAAUACAUCAUAGAGUUUUGAUUACCCCUUAUUUUCAUAUACAAACUUUUUAUAUGUGAACACUAAAGUUGAACAUGGAUAGAAGUUGCAGACUGGGUAGAGUUGCUGUACUUGUGAAUUAUUUGAACUAUUUUUCCUUCGUUCAGAUGAAUAUUGCAUUCAUGCAUACUACAUGCAUUUUACUGAACACUUGAAAGCCUUUAGUGUCACUCUUGGGUUAGUUUUCUAAGUUUCAGGCAGUGUCUAAAUAACACCCCCUGUUUAAUGUUGGAAAAGUAUUUGUAGAUUUCAAAUAUACAUACCCUACAUUUCUUACAUUUACUACAGUAAAGUCAGAUUAUUUUCUUGGGGCUGAGAGCUUGCUGUAUUUAAGAAAUGAACAUAUUUUUUUCAAUUUCAUGCAAAAUGAAUGACCAAGUAUGAUCCAUGAAUUUGCUAAUCAUUAUUCUGUCAUUCAUUUCGCAUAAACUUGUGUUAACAUUAUAUUUCCUUUCCAGUUGUAAAAAACGAUUUUGGAAUUAAUUGAACAUAUUUUCUUGUUUAUAACAUUAAUGUCUGAUUCCUUUUCAUUCUGUUCACCAGAUGCGUCUUUAGAAGGAAUGUUCUUCCUGACUGCACUCAUCAUGAUAGUGGCAUAUCAACUCUAAGCGACUUUAUCAUAAUUUUAACGCCUUUCAAAUAGAUAAAUGUUUAAAAAUUUAAUUGCUUUGCAUGGUGGACUAUGGGAAAUAUAAUGCUCACUAGAGAAAGGUGAAUGGUUAUUUAUAACAACAAAAACAAUAUCAUAUUUAUUUUUGUAAAUCGAACAGUUAGCUGUCAUAGCAAAAAUUAAUCCUUCGUGAAAAUGAUUGAUUUUACAAUGCACCAAAUUAGAAACAGGUUCUGAAAACUGUAUUGGGAAUAUUAUAGUCACGUUAUCUUUGAUAUUUGAAACUGUCUCUUAAGUGUGUGUUUGGUUGACAGGAAAAUGUUGUUAUUUUCUGGUGCAAUACAUCUUGAUCUAUGUGUUACAAUCAUGGAGUUACAUGUAAUUGUUGAUUUUAUGGGAAAAAAUGUUAUUUACAUGAAUCUUGUACCGACAAGUGGACAUUUAUGGAUUAUUGUACUACUUAAACAGAAUGUAUGAUCUUAUACUUGCUAGUCCACACAGCUGAACCAGGCUUAUACUUAGACAACUUGAUUUCAGCCUAAGGAAAUGUCCUUCAUGACAGUUGACAUAAACAGGGAUGUGAUUCUUCCUCUUAAGUCGAUUUUCUCUUUUUAAGAAAAAAAAUUGUCAAACAUUGUAAAUUUGUUAAAAGGCAUAGAGUAUCCUCUGAUUUCCUUUUUUAGCUCGACUUUUCAAAAAAAAGGUAGAGCUGUUGCACUUGCCCCGGCAUCGGCGUCGCCGUUUGUUUAAGUUUUUGAUAAAGUCAUAUAUCUCUGAAACUUAAAGUAGUUAUUUACUCUCAAAGUCUACACAAGGAGAAACAAUUCCUAUAACUCUGAUUUGAAUUUUGACAGAGUUAAGCCCCUUUUUAUUAGCUCACCUGUCACAAAGUGACAAGGUGAGCUUUUGUGAUCGCGCGGUGUCCGUCGUGCGUGCGUGCGUGCGUGCGUCCGUAAACUUUUGCUUGUGACCACUCUAGAGGUCACAUUUUUCAUGGGAUCUUUAUGAAAGUUGGUCAGAAUGUUCAUCUUGAUGAUAUCUAGUUCAAGUUCGAAACUGGGUCACUUACCAUCAAAAACUAGGUCAGUAGGUCUAAAAAUAGAAAAACCUUGUGACCUCUCUAGAGGCCUUAUAUUUCACAAGAUCUUCAUGAAAAUUGGUCAGAAUGUUCACCUUGACGAUAUCUAGGUCAAGUUCGAAACUGGGUCAUGUGCCAUCAAAAACUAGGUCAGUAGGUCUAAAAAUAGAAAAACCUUGUGACCUCUCUAGAGGCCAUAUAUUUCACAAGAUCUUCAUGAAAAUUGGUCAGAAUGUUCACCUUGACGAUAUCUAGGUCAAGUUCGAAACUGGGUCACGUGCCUUCAAAAACUAGGUCAGUAGGUCUAAAA